AGCUAAUGGUUAGCUAUUUGGUUAUGUUGAACGCUUUGUUUAUUUGAAUGUGAUAAGUGACUUAAUUGGAUGACAAAUCUAAAUCUUCAACUUGUUUACUAAUGGCCUGAAAUAUCUGAUGGUUCACUGGUACCGGUAUUUUUCGGGUUCAAAGGUGUCACACUCAUGACAUACUGUAAUGAGUGUAAUACUGGAUUACAUCUUGGAAUGAGAUGAAUAAGCGGUUAACUGGAGAUCCAUUGAAGAUCCAUUGGAGAUGACGAAGGACAACCAUUUUCGGGAAAAGGAUGGACUUGUCAUUAAAUGGGAAUCAACUUGGUUAUCAAAGAUCGGUCAAUAUUCAUUACCCUCUAUUUUGAAGGAAAAUGAGGACAAGGAGAAUAAGAAGAAAAUGAAGAUUGAUAAUGGUGGUGAUGAUUAAGAUUUGUUUUCAAGUUGCUUCGGAACAGUUUAUUUUGGAUCGAAAGUCAAGUUGUUUCUAUUUUUGAUACUGAUUCUAAUCAAAUUUUUGAAGGACCCUUAACAAGACAAUACAAAACUGGUUCGAUUUGCAAGUGUUCAACUGAAUGUGUUUCAAAGACUUUAUCGUUUACUAACUCCAUCAUUACCACCACCCGACAUCAUCACCAAUGACAGUGACCCGGCGAAUAAGUGAAACAAUUGAACUGAUCGAGGCUUUAAUCAAUGUUAUUGGUACACUGGUAACGGCAAUUUCAGAUGAUUUGGCUAUUUAUUUACAACGAAAAUCGAUCAGCUCGUCUGGUCGAUUGAUUAAUUUAAUUCAACAAGCCGUUGAGCAACUUCAAGCUCAUCUUGUAGUCCGACUCGAUCAUUACAAGGUUAUUCCAAAAUUAACAUGACAUACUUAAACUUCAAAUUUUAACGUACCUGCAAUACUUCGACCAAAUUAUUACCUGAUUUGUUUAAGUUUGAUAAAUUUUAAUGUUUAAUGGGCCACUCUUCACAAUUGUCCUCCAAUGAUGUUCAAUUUACUGUUAAAGGUGCUAACCUCUGGAUUACAAGCAAAGAUGCAGCAAUAUAAUGUUUUAUACUUGAAGAAAAAAAGAUUAAUUUGUUUUUAAUUACUUUUUACCAUCGAAUUGCGAGCUAAUUUUUUACUUUUGUAUUAUGAUAAUUCGUACAAUUUCCUGACAAUCCAGGAAAAAGCCGAGUUUUAUUGAUGUUGAAGCCCGAGUAAAAUCAAGUUUCACUGAGACUGUCAGAAAGAAAAAAAGACAGUCAAAAGGAUAGACAGACUCUGUUAGGUUUCUAAUCUUCUCUUGUCAUUUAAUAAUUUCUCCUUUGUUUAGGCUCUUCAUCCAUUUAGUGUUGUAUGUAAUUGUGAAUAGAUUUCCCCAGUAAUUUAUUUGAUUUCUAAUCACACUCACUCUGUACACCUAUUGGAGCUUCUCUAUUUUUAACCUGUUCACGUCUAUAUCUUUUGGUUCUUCUAUUGAAUCAAUUUGUUACCUUUCAAUUCCUUGUAUAUUUUGGUAACCAUCAGUCUCUGCAACAUCAUCUGUUCUUAUUCCAUUAACCUCAGCGAAUCAACAGUUUGCCUGGAUAUUAUCUUGAGAUUUCAUUUUUGCUAGUUUCUAUCCAUCCUCAAUUUUAAACUAUUACUGUAAGUGAACCUGAUGGCUACUUUAGACGAUAAAUUAUUGGGAGAGAAAAAACAUUAUUAUUGCGAUAGUAGUGAUGAUGAAAGAGAUGAACAUGAUGAAAGACCAGCAUUUGGAGCCAGUGGUGGACAGACUCGGUCUUCCUAUGCCAAUCAAAUACAAUCACCACUUUCACCAACAGAACCUUACUCAACUAAUACUGGUCCAAAAGGAGUGCUAAAUGACUGGAAAAGGUACCAAGAAUUGAAACAGGAGAGAAAGAGAUCCGAGGAAAUUGAUAAAUUAAAGCUUAUGGAGAAAUUAUCCAUGUCCUGUAAAACCUACAUUGAAGAAAUGGAGGAGAAAAAAAGACAAGAGAUAGUUCAAGAUGAAUUGGAUAAGCUGUUAGCUGAUGACGAUGACCCUUUCCUGAAUGAAUACAUGAAAAAAAGAAUGGCUGAAAUGAUGGAAGAGGUUCAGUUGAAUAGGUCUGGACGAAAAUUUGGACAGCUGAUACGUUUAACAAAAGGUGAAGACUUUUUGGAAGCCAUUGAAAAGGAAGCCAAAGAUGUUCUGAUUAUUUGUCAUAUUUCCAACGAAUCAUACGAAGGGUGUAUUGCCAUGAAUGGUUGUCUCUCAUUGUUAGCCUCUCAAUAUCCAUUUAUUAAAUUCACUUCUCUCGAUGCUCGAUCAGCCGGCAUGAGUGAACGCUUUAAAAAGCAAGGAGUUCCUGCAUUAUUGAUCUACAAAAAUGGUAGUUUAGUUGGGAAUUUUGUUCGUUUAACAGACGAAUUUGGAGAAGACUUUUAUGCUUCAGAUGUUGAAUCCUUCCUCAUCGAACACGGAUUUUUGCCUGAUCAAAGUUUAAUACCUGAGCUUAUGAAAAAAAAGACUAUUCGAGAAGGAAACAGUGCCGAAGCAGAUUCAGACGAUGAUAGCUCUUGAAUCCAGCAAAAUCCCACGUCAACUGGUUCCUGAUUUUUUAACACGAAAUAUUGAGUGAUAUUAGUAAUUGGAUUGUCAAUUUUCAGAUUGACUUGUAGACCAAAAUGGUUAUUUACAAGCAUUUUGCUAUUGUAACUCAUUUUAUCGUUGGGUUACAAUGCAUUUCAUUUUCGAAAAAUUUUGUCCUCGUUUUUAAAUUAUCAAUGCAACUCUUGUCAAUCCAACAAGAGUAUUAAUUAAUUGAUGGAUCUCAUGCAAUUUUUUAUACCUUGUUCUCAUUCUUUGUUGUACUAGU